CAAUUAAAGUCCCAAAACAUAAGUAUUUUGGCCACAAUUGAAGGCGGACUCAAUCCAAGGGCCAGAACUAAAUCAGCUAAAGAGUCGGCCGCUAAGACUUUGGUCGAUGGCUUCGUAAUCGACGGCUUCCAUACAUACGGCUCUCAAAGCGACACUCAAUUGGAUUAUGUUUCCGUGAAACCAAUUCUUCACGAAAUUAUGGAGAUUUUGCCGAAAGACAAACCAAAGAUACUGUUGGGCGCGCUCUCACCCAAACUCAUCAUUAAACUCAUUGACAGUGGAAUCGAUGUCUUCGACUCGUCUUACGCUUCGGUUAUGACUGAGAAGGGAUUCGCUUUACAAGAGGUGAUAGACGUGAACGGCUUAAAAGUGACGGAAAAUUCAUUGGAUUUAAAUAGUAAACAAUUCAAAGAGGACUUUGGAGUAAUUGGGACCCACUGUCAGUGCUAUACGUGUGUUAACGGCUUCUCCAGAGCUUAUAUCAACCAUUUAUUGAAUGCGUCCGAAAUGUUGGCCAAAGUGUUGCUUAUGUUUCAUAAUUUACAUACUUUUUAUCAUUUCUUCGCUCAAAUCAGACGGCUUUUAGACGAAGACUCCUUUCAACAGUUAUUGCGUUAA